UUUCUCUUCAUCUUCACUUUUCCUCUUCUAUUACCUUAUAAAGGUAUGUUUUUCUAAAAAUCGUGGACGGGGUAUACGAUUUUGUUGUUAAAAUUAUUUUAUUUUAUUAUUAUGUUGAUAAAAUAAUUUAUUUUUUGUUGUAGGCUUCCCCUAUCCUCCAUUGUCUCCUAUCCUCCAUUGUCUCAUUCAUCUUCACAAGGUUAUUUGCAUAAUGGAACCUGGGCCGAGUGAUCCUACACAGCUAUAUCUACAACCAUCCCAUCGUUCACAGUCUAUAUGGGAGGCAUCCUCCACAGUUGUUUUGAGUUGUCGACGAAGAGAGGCAGCAUCUCAGCGUACGAUCCCAUUUGAUCAGCGUAUUGUACCAUAUUUAGAGGCUGCUGGAUUUCUAGGGGCUUCCCAAAUAGGAUUUAUGCAGUUGGACUGGCAUUUGAUUACUGCUCUGAUCGAGCGUUGGAGACUAGAGACCCACACAUUUCAUAUGCCUUGUGGGGAAUGCACGAUCACCCUACAGGAUGUUGCAGUUCAGUUAGGGUUACCUGUGGAUGGUGAGCCUGUGGUAGGGUCGUUAUUAUAUGACUGGAAGGUACUAUGUGAGGAUUACUUGGGAGUUCGUCCACCUGAAAUGAAAGGUCAACGAUUGAGCCUUCCUUGGUUGGCAGAACAGUUCACAGAAUUGCCACCAGAUGCUGAUGUAGUGAGCGUUCAAAGAUACGCUCGUGCAUACAUUAUGCAAUUAAUUGGAGGCUUUCUAUUUACAGACAAAUCAAACACCCUGGUCCACUAUAUGUUCCUCCCGCUUUUAAUUAAUUUUGACCAGGCUGGUACGUACGCUUGGGGCGCUGCAUGCCUCGCAUGGUUGUAUAGGGAAUUGUGUCGAGCGAGUAAUGCACGAUCUUUAGAGAUUGCUGGCCCAUUAAUAUUGUUGCAAGUAUGGGCGUAUGACAGAUUUCCUAUUCUGGCACCACAAGUACCAGUUGAGGUGUCAGUUGGUCGACCUUUGAGUUUCAGAUGGAGCGGCGUUAUACCAUUGUCAGAACUGUCCGCAAAUAUGUUGAUCACCUACCGAAUGUUUUUUGAUCGGCUGAUCAACUCUUCAGAUUAA